AGUAGGCCUACAGAUAAUUUUUUUUCAUUUUCCUGUGAAAGCCUGUUCUGAACCCUCCAGAAUUGCGGAGUCAGUCCAAGAAAAAGGAGGCAGCGGGGGCCACCUACUUUUCCGAGCGCAUCUAACGCACCAUAUCUCCAAACAGCAUUUUCAGUGGCAUGGACCGGUGAAGACAUGUUGCAGGAGAUAAAAAUCCCUAUUUGAUUUCGAUCAGUCUGCCCGAGAGUUACCGUGAAGUCGGCUGGAAAUGAACUCUGAAGAUACACGUCGGUCUCUGAGUAUUAAUGAUAAGAGUCGGCGCGUCUCCUCUUCUGCCAUCCACAUGAGAAGUUUGACCGGAGCUGGCUGAAGGGAGCUGGCUACCUGUGUUUCCGAUCGGCUGUUGAAUCUCUAAAGCUCAAUCAACUGGACGACUGUUUGACAGGACACUGAGGAAACCUGAUGCUCCUGCUGGAUAUCCCAGCUGCAUAGCAAGGGUUGCAUGCAUCAGUGCCAAGAAAUUGCAUUACGUGGUAGACUUCUGCUAAGAAGACACAGAGACAUUUCUGGAGGAUGGAGGUGGGGGCUGAGCAAGGCCGCGCGCAGGAGAAUGGACGCAGUGACACCGCAGCCAAAGAACCGCGCUCCUCUCCAUGCUCCAGCCUGAAGAUGUUUCUGGUGGCUUUGUCCUUUGCCUAUUUUGCAAAAGCUCUGUCGGGGAGCUACAUGAAGAGCACAAUAACUCAGCUGGAGAGGCGCUUUGACAUCCCCAGUUACCUAAUAGGUGUCAUUGACGGGAGCUUCGAGAUAGGUAACCUGUUGGUGAUAGCUUUCGUCAGUUACUUUGGUGCUAAGCUCCAUAGGCCAAAGAUCAUUGCAGUAGGUUGUGUACUGAUGUCCAUUGGCACCUUCAUCAUUGCUCUGCCUCACUUCAUCAUUGGACGCUAUGAAUUUGAAACAUCGGUGCGGUGGGUAGUGAACUCAACCCUUAACCCCUCUCCAUGUCCGGUGGGCUCACCAGCUGACCUCACCCAAGAUGGUAAAAUACCUGACGUUCCAGCUAAAGGUUGUGAGGGAGAUUCCAACCUGUCUAUGUGGAUCUAUGUGCUCCUGGGAAAUGUCCUGCGGGGGAUUGGAGAGACGCCUGUUCAGCCUCUUGGGAUCUCUUAUAUAGAUGAUUUUGCAAGCGAGGAGAAUGCUGCUCUAUAUGUUGGCUGUGUCCAGACCAUUUCGGUGGUUGGACCUGUGUUUGGCUAUCUACUAGGCUCACUUUGUGCCAAAAUCUAUGUGGACAUUGGAUUUGUGAAAAUGGAAACCAUCACAAUCACCCCAGCUGACGCUCGCUGGGUUGGGGCCUGGUGGCUGGGCUACCUCAUAGCUGGGGUCAUCACCCUACUCUCUGCCAUCCCAUUCUGGUUUCUGCCCCGCUCCCUGCCCAUGUCAGGGCCCCGGGGCCCAGAAAGACCAGAGCAGACAAGUUUCAUCAAAGACUCUCCCCUUAUGAAGCACAAGUACCCAGCAGACGAACAUACUAGUUUCCUAGAAAUGGCCAAAGACUUUAUUCCAACCCUGCGAACUCUGCUGGGACACCCUGUGUAUUUGAUCUACCUGUGUGUGACAAUCAUCCAGCUGAACUCUCUUAUUGGCAUGGUCACGUAUAAGCCGAAGUACAUUGAGCAGCACUUCAGGCAGUCUGCGUCAAAGGCCAACUUCCUGAUGGGCGUGAUCAAUAUCCCGGCUGUAGCACUGGGGAUGUUUUCUGGUGGUCUGCUGAUGAAGAGACUUAAGCUGAACAUCAUGGGAGCAGCCAGGUUUGCCUUUGGCACAUCUCUGAUUGGUUAUAUCCUGUCGUUGUUCUUCUUUGCCAUGAGCUGCGAGAAUGCCAAGGUAGCCGGGGUAACACUUUCAUACAACAGCAUGGAAGGGGUAUCUUAUGAUAAACACCCCGUGUUCACCGCCUGCAACUCAGACUGUUUUUGUUCAGCGAGUGACUGGGACCCAGUCUGUGGAGAGAAUGGCAUCACGUAUGUUUCUCCCUGCCUUGCUGGCUGCAGCAGCUCUGCUGGCUCAGGGAAAAACACUGUCUUCUCUAACUGUAGCUGUGUCGGUGUGGCCGGUAACUUUACAGCCAGUACAGGACAGUGCCCUCACAAGGACGACUGUGACAGGAUGUUCCCGUACUUCCUGGCUCUCUCUGUCAUCACUUCCUUUAUCAUCUCCCUCGGGGGAACACCAGGCUACAUGCUUCUCAUCAGGUGCAUCAAACCACAGCUGAAAUCUUUGGCCUUGGGUUUCCAUGCUCUGGCAACACGUACACUCGCGGGGAUCCCGGCGCCUAUUUACUUUGGAGCAAUCAUUGACACCACAUGUCUAAAAUGGGGCCAGAAGAGGUGCGGAGGCAUAGGAGCCUGCAGAAUCUACAACACUACUGCAUACAGGAUAGCAUACCUGGGCUUGACUCUGAGCCUGCGGACUAUCUCGUUUGUUAUUUGCAUCCCGGGCUUCAUUCUGCUCAGCAGACAGCUGAAGAAGGAGGAAAGAAACGCCAUCCACGGAGCCCUGGCCAAUGGCGGAACAGAGCUGGAGGCACUCAGGAAGGAAGAGUUUGUGAUCUCUAAUUCUGACCAGUCACAACGAACGGCAGACAACAGCACAGACAGGGAGACACGGCUGUGACAGAUUCAGCAGAACUGACAAUACUGCCCCCCCCCGUCUCCAUCACACACACACCAUAGAUGAACAAAUGCAAACAUACACACAUACCUAUAUAUAUACACACACACACAUAUAUAUACAAAUGAGAUUUGCAGGGAAUCACAUAUUAUAUAUGAUCAUCUCAUACAAAGCAUAAAUUCUAUAUUUGUACUACUGGACCUUUGAAGGCUUUGUGAAAUUGACAAAUUUGAUAUAACUGAAAUAUUUCUCUUGAAUGUACAUGCUGUUAAUUUUCCUCAUAAAGAAAAGUAUAACACUAUUUCGAUGGGAAAUGUGACUUGUACAGACUACUGCAAAAACAGUGUAAUUCUGAACACCAGCACCUAUGAAGCUGCCUCUUUAAGGGUUUUUCUUUCAAAUGAAGAUUUUCUUCCUGACAUCACUGCUCUGUUCUUAUAUAGAAGAAGAGAAGUGGCCUUACAUACAUGACACUAAAUUUAAACAAAAGAAAAGAAAAACAGGAAAAGGCCUUCAGAUAGACAGGGAGUGAAUUUUUUCAGGAUUUUACAUAGAAAAGAUAAGCAGGUUCUUUUAGAAAUAUAUAUUUCAGAAACCUUCAGAGGGCUCGGCAGCGGUCGGUUUGACAUAUGUGCCUCAUUCACUCAACAGUUACCUUUAAAUCAUCUGUGUGUCAUCUGUCUCACUGAUAGAGUUUUGGCACAUUUUGAACAGAUGCAUAUCAAACUAUUUCAUUUUACACUUUUUACAUUUCAGACUGAAUGUAAGUCUUUGCACUCAUAUAGAAACAUGUUUUAUUUUUGACUAACUUAAACUUUUUUUUCUGUAAGUCCACACUUAGGUCUGAUUGUAUUUUGUGUUGUGCUCUUUCAAGAUGUAAACUCUGUCCUUUGUUAUUCACACAAAAAAAUGGAAAUGAUAUUUUAAUGAGAUCUGAUAACCUGUUUGUUGAGUGGAGGCUGCUCUGAUUUCAAUAUUGAUAUCAACAAGGUGGCAGUACCAUAUUUAUACUAAAAAUUAGCAUCAUCCCUAGUGAACUCAUAUCCUGAUCUAGUGUUCUGAAGGAGGAAAAUGUUUCAUCAUAAAUAUACAGUACACUAAACGUUGUUAUGACACUGAAAAUGAAGAUUAAACUGACUUUGUGCAAAGGUAUCCAAAUGGGCCUCUUCAGUAUUGAACAGCCAUUUUUGUUUGAAACAAAAGGUUGAGCUGAACGCUUUCUCAUGUCCGCUGGUUGCCAUGUGUUGCGCCUUGGAUGAGGCAGAAUUUGUACUGUUGCAUUGAUAAAUGAUAUUGUACAUUGUCCCAGUUUUUAGGCAAGCAACCCCGCUGUGUGUGAAGUGUCACCACAGGAAGAGUGUGUUUAUGUUGCUGAUGUGUAUAAGCCCUGCUUUCACAUCUCCAGACAUUGCUAUCGGUUUCACUGGUCAGUCUGCUUUUAUGUUGUGUUGAGUUUUUUUGUGUGUAUUUUUGUGCGUACAUGGACUCGUGUGCCAAAAUCCAUUAACAGAAACAUCAUGGUCUUUUCUCAGGUGUUCAUUAUCAAGUUUUAUUCUUAUGAACAGCUCCAUCCCAAAAUCAGAACCCCAUCUCCUUGAAAUCUGACAAAAUAGCUACUGUAUUUCAAGACAAUUGUUUAAAAAAAACACAAUACUUUUGUCUUUAUAAAUGUAUAGCAUAUUACUGUUUUGUAAAAUUUUAUUUCCAAAGUGGAUAUGUGCCAUUUUGGCAAAUUGCAGUAUGUUGUGACUUUAUUGUCUUUUGAAUUCAGGUUCAGUUUCAGGCACAAGUGGCCAAGUACAGACUCAGAGAGAAGCAGCGAGAGGUAUAGAGGAAGGAAGUCAUUAUCUCAAUAAUGUAAGGCAUUUACUUGCAUUAAAGAAAUCAGAAUGUACAUAAUUUUCUUGGAUUAUUUUUGUAAAAUUUCAAAGAAUAUCUUUAAUGUAAUACUAAAAUAAAACUUUUAAUAUCCAAUCAAAUUAUGUGUUGGUG